CCUUCCUCUAUCUAAAGUCCUCACAUCGUCUGGGACACGCUCUUUUCUCCUCUCCAUCUUACACUUUCCAAAGAAAACCCUCGACGACCUCUUAACGAUGGCGGCAUGGACGGCAGCGGCUCGUCAAGCAGCGUCUCUAACUCGUCUCUCCACCCCAACGUCGGCUGCCCAAGCCUCUAAGUUGAUCCAGCGGCGCGGUCUUGCAGGUGGUGGAGAUCAUCAUGGACCCCCUAAGGUGAACUUCUGGCAGGACCCUAUGAACCCAUCUAAAUGGAAAGAAGAGCAUUUUGUGAUUGUCUCUUUAUCUGGAUGGGGUUUACUUUUCUAUGGAGGCUACAAGUUCUUUAAUGGAGGCAAGAAGGACAAGAAGGAAGAGAAACCCGCAGAAGCAACACACUAGGAGUGAAGGACAACUUUUAAGCUGGUUUUAUCAUCUCGAAUUGCAGCUGGAAAUAAAGUAUGUGCAAGGACUUCAUUUAGGGAGAUGUGUUUUUUUUUCUCUGUAUCAGCAGUUCUCUGUGUACAUGACUUUGAUGAGUGAUUUGGCGUUAAAAUGCCGAGGGCCUUUUUCAUUUCAUUUCUUUAAUCAAAUUGGUUGGUCGAGCUCAGCACACCAAUGCACAUCUCGGUGUUUUAUCUUGGUAGUUGGUAAUAAAGCCAAGCAUCUGGCGUCUAUCUUCGCUGGUUCUUCCCAUAUCGAGAGUCGAGACACAGUGUGUGAUCGAGGGAUUGAGCAGCCUUCAGUCGAAAGUCGAAACCAUUGACGUGUUUUCAGUUUUUCACUUGUAAUGUAUUAUUGUGUAUCAGAUAGAAAACCGGGAGGAUCGGGUUUGGCUUUGUUUUCUUUGUUUGUGAGGUAAAAUGGAAGUAAAAAACUGUGGUAGGAAGGUUGUUUGUGUUUGGGAGGUCAAAUUAUUUACCCAAAGUUAAUUGUUUUGCCAACAUAAACGAUCCUCACUAAAGUUGGGCUGCUUUUUAA